AUGUGGUCAUCGCUGAUUCAGUCAGUAAAGACAGCAGCUGGACAGUCGAAAGGAAGUCGCUCUGGUAUAUGGAGCACCAGGUGGUACAGCAGCCGGUAUGGAAUGAGAAAGAUGACCGGUCGCUAUGGAAGAGAGGAUUACUCGCGAUCCUCGUCUCACACGAGCUAUGUGCAUACUCCCAAUCCUGGAGGAAUCAUCAGUCACUCGGAUCCGUUGGCCGCGAUAUUGUCACAGCCUACCUUGGUUAUACAGCGGCAAAUUGAGUACAUGAACUUGUUUUUGGGAUUUGAGCAAGCUAAUAGAUAUGUUCUGAUGGAUUCCAUGGGCAAUCAGUUAGGUUGGCUUCUGGAGCGCGACUUUGGAUUCACCAAAGCGAUAAUGAGACAAAUAUACAGGCUUCAUCGUCCGUUCACUGUGGACCUACUCGAUAACUAUGGCAACGUUUUGAUGACUAUCAAAAGACCGUUCAGCUUCAUCAAUUCUCACAUCAAGGCAUUUCUUCCUAAUGUGAUAGAUCCCCGCUACCCGGAUGGGGCCUUGAUUGGAGAGUCAGUUCAGAGUUGGCACUUGUGGAGACGCAGGUAUAACCUCUUCAAAGCGAGUGGGGAUGACACUUUCGACCAGUUUGGAGCCAUUGACUCUGGCUUCCUAUCGUGGGAAUUCCCUAUUAGGGCAGAGAAUGGAACGAUAUUGGGCGCUGUUUCAAGAAACUUUGUUGGAUUUGCGAGAGAAUUCUUCACAGACACAGGAAUCUAUGUGAUUCGAAUGGAUCCGUUGAGCUUUCAGGGGCUGGAAGAUCUGUACUACCCCAUUUCAGAUAAAGGAAUGACGCUCGAUCAGAAGGCAGUGAUGCUAGCCAAUGCCGUGUCCAUUGACUUUGACUACUUCAGUCGACACAGCUCUGGUCCUGGAGCCGGCUUGAUGUUUUGGGAGAGCGAAUAA